UUCUUCUGUUUCACCAACAAAAAUACAUGCACACACGUAGCUAUCUAUAGUAACUGCAAGAAGAUACCCUCUGUAGUUUUUUUGGUUUAUGCAGCCAAAACCAAAGGCUCACUGCAUCACAUUUUUUGGCUUGUGUUUCUUCUAGCUAAAACCUCCACAUAACAAAAAUGGCUUCUCACCAACACGAACCAUGGCUACUGGAGAACGGAAACCCGAAGGUCUUGACCAGGGAAAUGAGACAUGGUCGCACUGCGCAUAGCAAGUCUUCCAACUCACUUCGCAAGAAGUCUGAUCGCACUCUUGUUUCUAAGGUUCCCUGUGCCACUAUCCGAAACAUACUUUUCAACUUGCAAGAGGUUAUUCUUGGCACCAAGCUUUCCAUUCUCAUCCCUGCCAUUCCUGCUGCCAUUGUUGCUGAGUACUGUGGCUUUGGAAGACCUUGGGUUUUCGUGUUGAGCUUGCUUGGACUUACCCCACUUGCUGAACGUGUGAGCUUCAUAACCGAACAAGUUGCCUUCUACACUGGUCCUACAGUUGGAGGACUUCUGAACGCUACGUGUGGGAAUGUUACGGAGCUCAUAAUAGCAAUAUUUGCGCUUAGCAGUAACAAAAUUGCUGUGGUCAAGUAUUCUCUGUUGGGUUCUAUUCUUUCAAACCUUCUUCUGGUUCUUGGCACCUCUCUAUUAUGUGGUGGCAUUGCAAACCUUAGAGUGGAACAAAAAUAUGAUAGAAGACAAGGAGAUGUGAACUCACUUAUGCUGCUGUUGGCAUUGUUGUGCUACUUACUUCCAAUGCUGUUCAAAUAUAGCGCUGCCUCAGCUGCUCUCACUGUUGAUCCUUCACUCCACUUGUCUAGAGCUUCUAGCAUUGUGAUGCUGAUUGCAUAUGUUGUUUACAUAAUCUUUCAACUGUGGACACACAGGCAACUAUUUGAAGCUGAAGAUGAGGAUGAAGAUGACAGCAAUGGUUCAGAUGAACAAGCCGUCAUUGGACUCUGGAGUGGCAUUGCUUGGCUGAUUGGGAUGACUGUGUUCAUUGCUCUGUUGUCUGAAUACGUGGUGGAUACAAUUGAGGAUGCAUCAGAUUCAUGGGGUUUGUCUGUGAGCUUCCUCAGCAUAAUCUUGCUACCAAUAGUUGGCAAUGCAGCUGAACAUGCAGGAGCAGUCAUAUUUGCUUUCAAGAACAAGCUGGACAUCUCAUUGGGUGUUGCAUUGGGUUCAGCAACUCAGAUUGCCAUGUUUGUGGUCCCUUUGUGUGUGAUCGUUGCUUGGACUAUGGGUGUCAAAAUGGAUUUGAACUUCAACAUCCUAGAGACAGGUUCCGUUGCUUUGGCAAUAAUAGUCACAAGCUUUACUUUACAGGAUGGUACUUCUCACUACUUGAAAGGCCUUGUUCUCCUGCUGUGCUACAUAGUUAUUGGAGCUUGCUUCUUCGUACAAAGAACACCAUUGAACCAAGCUGAUGCUACAAACGUCAUUCCUAAAGCAGCCAUUAAUGCAGUUUUAAGUGCUUAGUGGGCUUUGGCCUAUUUUUGUCCUUUGCUGAGAUGAAGAAUGGUGGCAUCCAAACCCAAAAUCAAAUCAAAUGGAUUGGUUAUUGUUUCAUUCUGAUCACUUCAUAUAUAUCCAUAAAGAAAGGAGAAAAGAAGUUUGCAAGUAUUUGCAAAUGGAACACUGUGUGCAAGAUCAAUCAAUCAUACGUGUGUUCUAUCAGAGAGUUGGUUUUUGAUCUUGUGCUUCAGUAAAUGCCAAUAAGUGGAGAUUGUUCUUGUUUGAGUUUGGUUUAGAAAGAAUCUCUUUUCAGUUUGCAGAAUAUCUCUUGUAUUUUUUAGUUUGCAGAAUAUCUCUUGUAUUUUUUUUUGUUUCUUCUUACUACUACUACUACUACUCUAUGUACGACCUUUUGCAUGUGACUCCUUAUGAGUUUUCAAAGUUAUAUUCAUAUAUGUUUGGUUUUUCUUCA